GAUAUAAAGUUCUGAUCCAAGAUGAAAGCCGUUCGCUUUAUUAAACGUUUGCAGUGGGAUUUGCCUGGAACUGUUUGUAGACACGGACUAACGAUCGGAGAUGUUGAUAACGAUGGUGAUAAUGAAUUAGUUAUUGGUACCACGGAAGGAGAACUACAUAUAUUCAAGGGAUCAGAACUGUGGCAAAAGAUAACGGGACUGGGUCUUGUGACAAGUGUCGCAAUUGGUGAUAUUUUCAAUUAUGGCUGCAAUGCUCUUGUUGUAAUUUGUGGAGAUGGGUGGGCCCACAUUUUUUAUAGUCCAAGGCCUGCUAAUUCAACCGCAACUGCAUCAAAUUCAGCUAAUCUUCAGUCCGGUAAAGAAGUUAUUAGCUUGGAUAACCUUAAAAUAAGCUCAGGGCAAGGUACGGUAGAUAUAGGAACGGAUAUGAGUACAUCGAUUGUCACCGAUCACAUUGAUAGUACAAACGAAGUUAACGAGUUGUCUGGAAAAAUGGAAUGUGUCCAUGUUCAAAGAAUCCCAACAAACACCAAAAUUGUUCUCAUUGCAGACAUCGACAAAGACGGAGCAAACGAAAUGGUUAUUGGUUUGACCGAUCGAGUUGUAAGAUCAUAUCGAUGGUCAUGCAAUGCUGAUUUAGGCACGGGUAAACUAGUUGGACUUAACAAAUGGGAAUGCACUGACCAAAUUGGAACGGUUACGCUUCAGCAUUCAGGAGAUGGAGUACCUACGUUGCUAGUAGCUCAACCAGGCGGUACUUUUAUGCGAAUCAAGUGCAAUCCAGACAACAGUCACUUUGAAGAACAUAAUACUUUAGACGUCAAUGGUGAAGCUGCAGCAAGUUGCAUAGAUUACCAAACGCUGGGAAUUUCCAGAAUGCGCAAUCCAAAUAUUUCAACUGAAAUAAUGGGCGAUUUGGAAUUAGGAGGAAAACCAAUUGUACCUUCAACAGAUCGAGAUAUAUCAAGGGACGGGUCAAAAGUCUCGAUAUACACAUUGGAUGAUGAUUCGAUUGGUCAGAUUUCAUCGGUAACAGAACUCGAAAGUGCGGAAUGUACAAGACAGUUUUCCCAUUCAGAGAAGAAAAAAUUUGCGUUGGACGCAACGGAUCAUUUAAGAAAAGGGCAAUAUUCACAUGGUGCAAAUAUUGUAACAAGUAUAUUUUAUAGUAAACUCGAUUCAACUGAAUCCGAUCAAGUGGAUGGUAACUUGGUAGGUGGUAACGUUAUUCUCGGAGAGUUUGACUCAAAAGAGGAAAAGAAAUCCGUGCUGUCAAUGUACAAUGAUUUCUCGCACAACAAUAAUAACAAUAACAAUGAUUUCGCCACAAAAGAUAAAGUUAAUAUACUUGGGAAUAGUGAGAAAAGUACUUCAAACGGCAAACCAUAUGCUUUAGCUACGUUGGAUGGAACCAUUAUGUUGGUUCAAAACGAAAUAAUUAUGUGGGCCAUGCAAGUUGAUCAUCAGAUUUUUGCCCUAUGUCGAUUAGACGUGACGGGAGAUGGCAAGGAUGAAAUCGUUGCAUGUGCAUGGGAUGGGCAGACUUACAUACUCGAUCAACAAAAGAACAGCGUCCGUUUUCAAUUCGGAGAAUCGGUCAGAGCUUUCUGUACGGGAAAAUACAGUGUUACCCAAGGGAACUCGACGCCAUCUUUAGUGUAUAAUACCUUUACUAACAAGAUAUUUCUAUAUUACGACGUAAUUCUGCCACAUAUGGUGAUUACUCCUAUGGAUCCAAUAGACGAAUUAGAUCCAGAUGAAAGACAAGUUUUAGAAGAGAUGCUGGAUUCAAGCAACGAAGGCGAAAAACGAGAAAAGCUGCGACAACUAACGGAGUGGUUGUUGUACGGACAACGCGAUUGAUCGCGACCAAUACAUCUUAAGGCGGCUCAACCUAUCGUUCUCCAAAUCCUGUGUAAAUGACGACGGUUCAAAACACGCCAUGCGCAGAAGGCAUGAAUACAAA